AUGCUCCGUGCGUUCCGUCGAAAUGCGGUACUACGCUGGUCAGACGGUUAUCGUACAGCAAUAAGUUUUAUCAUAAGACGAUAUGGAUCAACACAUGAUAUUGCAUCGGCCUAUCAACCGACACACGUGGAAAGCAAUUGUUCGUCCAGAACAGUUCCUCAGCUACCGCCAGAAUGCGGGAUGAAAUUGCACACUGGCUCCUCGUUUAAUCUACUUCUACCACCGCCAAACGUAACCGGAGAACUACACCUGGGCCAUGCACUCACUUGCGCCAUCCAGGACGCGUUGGUAAGACAGGCACGACUAUCCGGAGCACGAGCCACCUGGAUACCUGGCAUGGAUCACGCCGGUAUAGCAACACAAGUGGUCGUAGAAAAACGCCUCUUUAAGGAACGAAACCUUACCCGACACGAUCUUGGGAGGGACAAGUUUCUGGAAGAAGUAAUGCGAUGGAAGAUGGAAAAGGAAGAAAGUAUCCGGAUGGCACUAAAGAAGCUUGGCUGCUCGAUGGACUGGAGCAAAGAGUAUUUUACAAUGGAUGAUCAUCAAUCGGUCGCGGUAAAGGAAGCGUUUGUACAGCUGUUUGAAAAAGGGCUAAUAUAUCGCGAUCGAUCUUUGGUUAACUGGUCCUGUACGCUGGAGUCGGCCAUUUCGGACGUUGAGGUAGAAAACGUGGAGCUUCAAGGUCCUACGGAAAUAGCCGUACCGGGAUACAGCAAAAAUGUCACCUUCGGACGAAUGGUGGACAUCGCGUACAAAGUGCAAGGUUCUACGGAAGAGAUUGUCGUCUCCACAACUCGUCCGGAAACGUUUCUCGGCGAUGUGGCUGUAGCCGUUCAUCCGGAAGAUGGCCGGUAUUCACAUCUACGCAACAAAGUAACGUUCCUGUGGCAUCCGGUAAGGAAAGAGGAAAUUCCGCUCAUUUUUGACCGUGCGGUCGAUCGUUCGUUCGGCACGGGAGCAGUUAAAAUAACACCAGCGCACGAUCGGUUCGAUUUCGAGAUGGCUCGGCGUCAUCAUCUGGCAACGGUCGAGGUGAUCGAUGAGCGUGGCUCAGUGCACAAACAUUUCGGCCCAUUUACCGGAUUGCCCCGGUACGAGGCACGCGAAGCGUUGAUGGACUACCUUACGAAGCUUUCGCUCGUGCGUGGUAUAAGAUCGCAUACGAUGCUUCUCCCACUGUGCUCACGGUCGAAGGAUGUUGUGGAGCUUCUGCUACGUCCGCAAUGGUUCGUCAGCUGCCACGAAAUGGCACAACGAGCGAUGGAAGUGGUACGGGACGGCAGGCUCACGAUCGUCCCUAAAACGUUCGAAAGGGAAUGGUUCCGUUGGUUGGAGAAUUGUCACGAUUGGUGCAUUUCAAGACAGCUUUGGUGGGGUCAUCGUAUUCCGGCGUACGUGGUUCGUUCCGAAAAUGGAAAGAAUGAACAAUGGAUAGCGGCACGAUCGAUGGAUGAAGCAUGGGAAAAGUGUGGCACAAUGCUGCCAAACGUCCCACGCGAUGCGAUAGCCAUCGAGCAGGAUCACGAUGUGCUGGAUACAUGGUUUUCUUCAGCACUGUUACCCUUUUCAUCGACAGGAUGGCCCUUGAAAGCUUCGGAAGAAUUUUAUCCACUUCAUUUGAUGGAAACCGGACAUGAUAUACUAUUUUUCUGGGUCGCCCGUAUGGUAAUGCUUGGUCAGGAACUAACCGGUAAGUUACCGUUCGAUCGAAUUCUCCUCCACGGUAUUAUCUGUGACGAAGCCGGAAGGAAAAUGUCCAAAAGUUUGGGCAACGUGAUAAAACCGGAUCAUGUAAUACAUGGGAUUUCGUUGGAAAAAUUACAAACCGAAGCGGAAACGUCACACCGGCAAGGCAUACUGUCGGAGAGUGAGCUAUCCAAAUCGAGUGCCGGACAGCGUAAAAUGUUCCCCAACGGUAUACCGGAGUGUGGUAUCGAUGCGCUACGCUUCACACUUUGCUCGUCGAAUGUAAAGAAUCAUUUCAUCCACUUUAAUGUACAAGAAGCGUACACAAAUAAGCUAUUUUUUAACAAAAUUUGGCAAGCCACACGCUACACGUUGGGGUGUGUGGAACGGUACGGUGGUACCGAUCAAACGAAUGAAGGGUUGCGAAAACAAGCCGAUCGUUUAACGUUGAUGGAUCGCUGGAUAUUAAGCCGUCUGGGACAUACAGUGCAACAGUGCCGAGAGGCAUUUGAGGGCUACAAUUUUCAUCUCGCAACAGGUGCGUUGAAAACGUUUUUCUACAGCAACUUUUGUGAUGUAUAUUUGGAAACGACAAAAAUCAACAUAAAACAAGACGGUGGUGCUAACGGGGCAGCGUCGAUGCACUGUGCUGUACUAAAAUACUGCCUUACAGUUGGUCUGCUUCAAAUGGAACCAUUCACACCGUACCUAUCGCAACAGCUUCUCAAGCAUUUAACUCCAUCGAGCUCGGUGGCAAACGAUUUGACAAGCGUUACGAGGUGGAUCGACACGACGCUCGAGCAAAAUAUUGAUGAAAUGCUAAAUUUAUGUCAGCGUGUAAGACAGACGAAAAACGAGUACAAUCCACCGAUCGUUCGGAAACAUAAUCCGAUCGUGCACAUACACGCCAAAGCACGCGAACUGGCCGAUUUACUACAAAACCAAAAAGACACAAUACAACAACUAACGCACUGCAACGGGAUCGUGCUACAUGACGACGAACGUUCAUUCAACGGUACACAGUACGUGGCCAAGUGUGCCCCAAGCCAUCACUGUUUAAUUGGAAUUGUGGCAGAAUCGAUGCAUCAAGCAAACACUGUUAGCGAUGGAAGCAAAAAGAUGCUAGCGAAAUUAGACGCAGAAAUAGAGAAACUCCUAAAGACGAUCGGUAACGAAGGGUACAAAAAAUCGGCCAGCGAAAGUGUACAGAAACGCCAUCAAGAGAAGCUUAAUCGGUUGCAGCAGCAGAAGGAAGAGAUGCGUAAAAUGGCAUCAUGA